AGAACUCUGUUUUAUAUGUGAUGAACACCUAACCUAAAAAAUGAAGUUUUAUUAUUGUUUUUAGGUUUGUGUUUUUAUUGUAUUCAAAAAUUUCACAUAAAUUUGUUUUCAAGAUGGGAAUUGAGGGUUGUAUCAAAGAUAUAACCUUCUUACAAACAAAAGGAAAUUGUGUCGAGAAUCGCCAGAUUUUAAAUGUUCUAGUUCGUAUAAUGGAAACGAAUAACAAUGGCUGUGAAAUGAUCCUUUCUCUGUUUAUUGCUGCUUUGAAUUCGUAUAAGUCUGGCAAAUGUUUGAAACCAUUUCCACCAAGUUUUGUUGAGAAUGGCAUAGAGGAUGUAACCGCUCUUAGGGAACUGUGUGAUACCAUCCCAUCCUUAGAAGAGUUUAAGAGCUGCCCUGAAAGUUAUUCGAAUAAGAUAACCGAUUUAUUUUCUUGGUUGUUUAUCGAAAAAGCCUUUCCUUUACUUGAAGAAGUUCCAUUUGAAAGUAUUGUCCUAAAUGAGAAUAUAGCUAAAAAUUUUCAACCUGACUAUGUAUUCAAAAUACAUCACUGUGUCAAGAAUGAUUCAUUAUUCAGGAGAAGAAUAGGUGAAAAAGGAAUCAUUUCAGGCUUUCAUGGGAGUCGAGUGGAGAAUUUCUAUUCUAUAUUGAAUUUUGGUUUACAGCAACAUUUUAGUUCAGAAAAAGAAACUAUUUUUGGGAAAGGAAUUUAUUUUUCGAGUGAACUUUCAAUUAGUGCCCAUUUUUCACCAUAUGGUCAAACAUGGAAAAGAAGCAGUUUAGGGAAUAGUCACAGCAUUAUUGCUGUUUGUGAUAUAAUAAAUGACAUAGACAAAGUUAAAUGUAGAGAUUCCAUCCAUAAGAGGCGUUCAAUUAAUGCAAAUAGUAUAGGAGAGAUACCAGAGAAGUAUAUUGUAGUGACUGAUAAUGAAAUGGUUCAGCUGAAAUACUUGAUGGUCUACAAGAAAAAACUAAUAGUUAAAUCUUUUUUGAAUAAGAAUAUUUAUUGGAUGUCCCUUGUAUUAUACUUUUUGAUGUUGAUAUUUAUAGGAUCUAAAGGGAAUUUUUGGAGGAAAAUGAUGAAUUUUAUAUUCUGCGACUUGAUUACCUUAUGAUAUAUUUUUAUCGUCAGAAAGGGUUUAUAAUAAAUUGAAAAAAAAACUUUCUCUACAAAUUUAAGAUGAAUGAAAACAAUUGAGUGGUAGAUUAGUCACAUUAAGCAGAGUCUGUUCUGGAACAUACUUUUUAGAAUGAGUUAUUACAAUUUCCAUUAUUUAUCAAACGGUUCAGUGUAUGUUGAAGGUAGUUUAUUUAUCUAUAGUAGCAAUUUUUAACUGAAUUAGUAACAGAAAUUGGUCAUCAAGUUUAAUUCUUCCAAAUUCGAGAGGUAGAGUAAAUUUUUUGGAAUAUUAUACCUUCUAAGUAGCAUUUAUGAAUACAUCUCUGCAUAAUCACAUACUGGAUUCGUUAUCACUGCAUUAUGUGGCUGAUACUUGAUGAAAAUCCAUAAUUAAACUAUCACAAUAGCAUUUUCAGGUUUACCUUCACACAAAUGAGGAAUUAUCGAGUUAAGUAUAGAUACAUACCUUUCAUUAUAUUUAUCUACGAUAAAACUCUUAUUUUUAUACCUAUUCAGUGCUCUCGCCCUGUGUGAGACAAUCGAUAAAGAAUCAAUACUAUGAAGGUCUUUCAGCCAGGAAAACAUCACCAAAGGAACCCUCAACAGCUUUUUCAGGCAGUCACUAAUCCAAACCAAGUGCAGCCAAGGUCUCCGGAAGAUCUUGAAGGUGAUUAAAAUUCAUUAUAUUAAGUGCAUUUUGUUCGUUCUAUCGUUCGUUCGUUUUUCGAAAGAGAUAAAAUUUAUACAUACAACAGCAUUAGGUGUUCUGUUUAAUCUCCUAUACUUUACAAAAGUUCUCGCGGCAUCGCACGUUUAAAUUUGCGUUUAGCCGCGACGUCUGAAACAUGUUUUCUGUAGACAAAUUGU